AUGGCGCUGCCUUCACCCGGUAUUCUCGUCCAUGUCUCUCUCUUCCUAGCGGCCGUCUCCUCUGCCUUUGGGCUCCAGCUCGUCCCCUCUUCCUCGCCCGCUCCUUCGGCUUCCUCUACCUCCUUCUCAGGCUCCUCGGCGCCCGCGUUUGUCGCUCCAGCUGUCUCUUCCGGCUCUGGCGUCCACUCCACGCGCCCCCGUUUCUUCGCGUCUCCUUCUGCAUCCUCAGCGUCUUCUGUUUCCUCGACGAACGCAGGACAGAGACCUCUGUCGGCGGGGUCUUCUCUUCAGACUCGGGAGCGAAGAUGUGGAUCGAGGCUCACGUCGUCGCUCCUCUGCGCGGCUGAGGGGACAGUCAGGAGACAGGAGACAGCUGUGGGCUCAAGCCUCCGCGGAGCUGUCCAGGAAAUCUCGAUGCCUGCGCUCUCCAGCACGAUGAAGGAGGGCAAAGUCGUCACGUGGUCGAAACAAGUCGGAGACCGUGUCGAGCCGGGGGACGUGCUCAUGGUGGUCGAGAGCGAUAAAGCCGACAUGGAUGUCGAGGCCUUUGACUCAGGCUUCAUGGCAAUGCACCUAGUUCGGGAGGGUGACGCGGCGCCGGUUGGCACAACUGUCGCCCUUCUGGCCGAGAAGGAAGAGGACAUUUCUUUGAUUCAAGCGAAGGGUCUUUCACUCAUCUCCGCUUCUUCGUCUCCUGCUGCCGAUUCAACUCCAGCUGUCACUGACUUGCUGAUGCCUUCGUUGUCUCCGAGUUUGAAAACGGCACGGAUGACGGUUUGGCGGAAGAAGGAAGGCGAGAAAGUCAACAAGGGCGACGUUCUUUUCGUCGUCGAGAGCGACAAAGCCGACAUGGACGUCGAGGCUCCUCACGAUGGUGUCUUGGCCCAUAUCGCAGUUCGUGAGGGCGUGACAGUCGAUGUGGGGUCGACGGUCGGCUACCUCGCCCCCAGUGCCGAGGUGGCUUCAGCCUUCAAGAACGCGCUGUCGGACUCGGCUGCACCCGCGGCUGCGAAUCCCUCGACGAUGCCAGAAGGCGCCCAAGAAAUCUUCAUGCCUGCUCUCUCUUCCACGAUGACAAGCGGCAAAGUAUCCAAGUGGAACAAGGCUGUCGGAGAUGCUGUGCAUGUCGGCGAUACGCUGAUGGUUGUUGAAAGUGACAAGGCGGACAUGGAUGUCGAAAGUUUCGAUGAAGGCUACCUUGCCGCGAUCACAGUCGCGGAGGGGGAGUCUGCCCCGGUCGGUCAGACCGUGGCCAUCAUUGUCCCUUCGAAAGAUGACAUUGCCAAAGUCCAGGACGCCCUCACAGCGGCUUCCACUGCCUCCUCGUCUUCUCCCGCUCACGCGCCUCUUUCCUCGGCUUCUUCUCCGUCUACCCCUUCUUCGCGCCUCUCUUCUUCGGACUCGGUGUCUGUCUCUUCUUCCCAGAGUGGGAGACCGACGACGGGUGGGGACAGCAGGACAGCAGCCUUCAUGAAGCACGGCCAGGCGCUUGCAAGGUGGACGUCUCCGUCUGUGGACCAAGAUGUGAAAGAUCAGCUGCCGGAGGGCUUGACGGGCAACGAUCUGCAACAGGAGUGGCUGCAGAGAAUCGAGGCGACGAUGCCGACGACGUUCGCAGCGUUGCAGGCCAACCCGCAGAUGCAGAAGGCGCUCCUGGAGAGACUGAAUCUGCGUGUACCUCCCCCGCACACGCUCCGCGUCUCCCCGGCGCCUCCGCCCUAUUUGAAGCGAGCUGUCAGCACCUACGGAGCCGCGACAGCUGGAGUACCUGAUACCCGAGCCAGUGGCAUCGACAGAACGUCUCGGGGCCCAGCUCGAGACCCUUCAGGACAGCCUCUCGCUACCUUUAACGCCAUCGAGUUGGCGAAGAAAAACAAACUCAACUUGGAGGAAGUCAAGGGAACCGGGACAAACAGGCGCAUCACUGCAGCAGAUGUGCGACAGCAUUUGCACCUGCCCUCCGACGAAGCCACCGUCGUCACGAGCAAAAGAGAAAACGAGGGAAAAAUCGAAAGCUUGGGCGUCCCUCCUCCUGGGUCGGUUCCACUCGAUGCAAUGCAAAAGGCGGUUGCGCGGAACAUGGAAGCAACCAUGGAUGUUCCUGUAUUCAGAGUUUCGCGAGGUAUUUACGUCGACAAGCUCGAGGCGAUGGUUCAGGAGCUGAAGCAAAUUGUGGCGGAGCAAAACGCAGCAGCGAUUGCAGCGGAAGGCCCAGAUGCGCCUCAGCAGUCAACAGUGACGAUGAGCGUCCUCCUGGCUAAGGCAGUUGCUCUCACACUGGAGAAGCAUCCGAUCAUGAACGCCGCAUAUAAUCCUAAGGAUGGAGGCCAAAUUCAGCACCCCGGAGCCGUGAACGUGGCGAUGGCUGUUUCGGUCGACGGCGGACUCUUAACUCCGGUUCUGCGAAAUGUCAACACGAAAUCUGUUUUCGAGUUGUCGGCAGACUGGGCCGUACUUGUCGAUAAGGCCAGGAAGCGUCGCCUGACAGCGGAAGAAAACAGUGCAGGCACCUUUUACAUCAGCAAUCUGGGCAUGUUUGGGGUGAGCCAGUUUGACGCGGUCCUUCCUAAAGGUGUAGGGACAAUCAUGGCUGUGGGCGGGACAGAGUCGGUUCCCUUCUUCCCCAAGACUGGAACGUUGGAUGCACCAGCUGGAAACCCCAGUGUUCGUCGGCGCAUGACAGUCACCAUCACUGCCGAUCAUCGCCAUAUCUACGGUUCGCAUGCAGCUGCGUUUCUAAAGGACUUUGCCUCGCUUCUAGAAACUCGCCCAUCUGCUUUGCUCAUCUAGGAGCUCAAAUGGUGGCCACUCUUAGAGAGUGGCUGAAGGCUGCAUGCCUAUGCAAGACUCUUGUAGCGUUUGGAAAUGGCAUCACUUCGAAGUUUAUCCGAAUCGACCAUCCAAAGGGACCCGGGGCUGCUUCCCCGCUGUCUACGGGUGGACGUUUCUGCUCAUCAAAACUGCCAUCUCGAGGCCAUACACUGACUGCAAGACGCUAAGGCACUCCCAGUCUCGCCUCGUAGUGCAUGUCUG